AUGUCUUCUUCAGUCGGACGUCAAACACUAGCUGGUGCACAGCCCAUAUGGCUCGGGUUAAAAGCUGCGCGGGGUGGUUGGCUGUGGGCUGAUGGAACUGAAGUCAAGUACGUGAACUGGUAUACCACACAACCGGAUAAGUGUUGCGGUGAAGACGUAUCGUGUGCAACAACAAAUUGGAUCUUUGACAAUGGCAAAUGGUUUGACACUUCAUGUCAAGCCCUUAGCGGAGUCGUUUGCAAAUAUAACCCAAAAUCAAGACGCACACCUCUCCCUGCCGAAAUGAUCGAGUAUAAAACAACCAUCAGAGCAGAUUCAGGUUUAGCAGAAUACAAUCCAAUAUGGAUCGGGUUAAAUAGGAUUAAGAAUCGGUGGUUUUGGAAUGAUCUCACUGAUAUGAAGCACAAAAACUGGCAGCAGUUUCAACCGGAUAUGUGUUGUGGUUCACACGUGAAUUGUGCUGAAUUGAGGUGGAUUCAUAAUAAAGCAAAGUGGUUCGAUACAUGUUAUUUCGAUGUAAAUUCUCCCGCUAGCACUCCAGUACCAAUUUGGUGCAGAUGCCCAAGAAACUGGGUUGUUUAUAAUGAGCACUGUUAUCAGAUAUAUAAGUCAUCUGCCGGACCUCUGACAACUCCAAUUGCUGCAGCAAAGUGUCGUCGUCUAGGUGCCGAACUUGCCGAAGCGUGUACAGAUACAGAGUUCUCGCUGUUUGAAAAAAUGGUCGAACCGUUUGAAACUCAAAAUCCUUUGUUCGGCAUGAUGGUGGAUAAGCUGUUUGGUGGCUGCUCUGUAUCACCAGCUCAUGGCAAAACUGUCUGCUGCCAUAUAAACUGGCUAUAUGGCACUCCAGCGUUUGGUGCUCUUUAUUCGACAACGUGUCCGACUUCUAAUCAAGAUGUUUAUUUGUGCCAUACCAUGUCGACAUCGAUUGAGGCGCCUGUCUUUUGCUCGAAAACAGCCAGUUGGCUCGGCAACAAAUUCUACCAGGUUGAUACGCGUCUUGAUAGCAGCCACCAUAUUGCACCUCAGAAAUAG